UGUAAACCUCUGUCAUACUGGGUUUAGGCUAUUGACUGUAUAGACGCGGUUAGUGCGUAGCGUCUUUCGACAAGUGCACUUCAGGACCAACAUGACUAUACAGUGUUGGCGUGCAAUAUGUGGAUUUAUUGGAUUUUAAAUCACAUGUUCAAUGUUACGUUUGUGAGAAUACAGUGUUUUAGAAUUUUAGCUACAAGAGAUAAACUGCAGUUUGUAAUUGUGUUAUAUAAUCAAUACGGUUUGAACUGGAACACAAAAUCAACAUCAAAUAUAAUUUUAAUUCAAUACAUUUUGUAACGAAUAGAACAUUUCGACAAUUUUAAAGAGGCCGCACUACACGGCCGUCCAAAUAAUAAUUAUGCCUCUCCAGCAUGUCAAAUGGGUACACGACAAUCUAGGCUAUUUGUUACAGCUACAAGGCUACUCGUGGGUUUAAGUAUACUGCAAAUGCGCGCCUUAUUAAUGGUAUCGGUGAAGAGGGUGUUACUUAUUUCAUAUCAAGCGAGCAGACAACAUUAAUAGGCUACGUACGAUGGAGGUUCGUGUGUCACGUGCAUUUUCAUUCUUGACGCUAAUAUUGGGAGUGACAGGAAUACUAGCUUCCGUUAUAUAUUUUUCUUACUACGAUGCUAAUAUUGCACUAGUAAACAUAGUCAAUAUAGGCACCUUUAAGAUUGAUUUGCGAGUAAUUGUCAUAGUUUAUAAUCGGGCACAUUCCGUCCUUCGUUUACUAGAAUCUCUGAACAGGGCUCACUAUGAAAAUGACAAUGUUAAACUGGAGGUCUGGAUAGACCGCUCUAUAAAUGGAACCGUGGACCAAUUAACGGCACAAACAGCGCGGGAAUUCCGGUUCCGUCACGGCGCGUAUGAUGUGAUCGUGCAUCCACAAAAUGUUGGCAUAUAUGGACAAUGGUUAUCUACAUGGAAUCCCAACAAUAAUCCGCAAGAAAUAGCCGUGAUUCUCGAAGAUGACCUCGAGGUGUCGCCGCAUUUCUAUAAGUAUCUGAAGCUUGUGCAUUCCAAAUAUGACCAUUACCCAGAAAUUAACGGAUUUGCACUGCAAGGUCUGUCCAUUCAUCACGGGGUUAAAACAUGGCAGAGUUUCAUUAACUACACAGAUGGCCAGUGUGUGUACCUAUAUCCGGUCCUGGGAACUUGGGGAUUUUCGCCGAGCAGAAAGAACUGGGUUCGAUUCUUGGACUGGUAUGCGGAAGCAAGAAAUACAUCCGACUUUAAACCGAAUGUUCCCGGGAAUGUUGCGACCUCUUGGUAUAACACAUUUCUUGCACAGGGAAAGACGAAUACAAUGUGGUCGAUGUGGCAUAUUCACUUCGCCUGGAUGCACAAUGAGUACACGUUGUAUCCGAAUUUUAAAGAUCACCAGGGUCUGACCACCAACUGGAUGGAGCCCGGCUUGCAUUACGACGCGAACAGUUCGAGACAAUCGAACCCUCUUCUGGAGACCUGGGAACCCGGAUAUGAGAAUAUGCCAGCACUUCCGGCACGUCUCGAUAUAGACGGAAACGUGACUAGUCCACCUAUCCUUAAUAGUUAGCGAAACGAACUCAAGUCCAUAUUUUCGUGUUUUUAGACGUUUACGUGACCCUUUUGCGCCGAGUGUGUGUUUUCUGCAGUGAUGACGUAUUUAACCGCGUGAUAAGUUCUGACGGAUUAUGUAGCCAAACUGCAAUGCCACAUAUAUAUGGAUAUCUGAGUUUCCGGAGGAAAUGUUUUAGGGUAAGCCGAUGGUCAAUCUUGUACUGGAUAUUGAAUUAAGAGAGCUGAAGUGAGAGGCGUUCGUACGAGAGGUCAAAUGAGCGUAAUAUUGGGAUCAUUUGUAUUUACUGUUGUUUUUACUUCAGAGCAUUCCGAUUAUAAAUGUGAUUCUUGUUGUUGCUGCUUUUUUCAAAAUAAAGUUACGUUUGUUGAUAAUA